AUGAGCCUAAAGUCGACGUUGGCUCAGCUUGAUUUAGCGGCGCCAAGGUUCGCCCUGGCACCUCAGGCGGUGACAAUCCUGUCUGCGCCUGACGAAUUUUAUUCGCAGUUGAAAGCCCGUAUUCUGGGUGCUCAAAGGCGCAUAUUCUUGGCCACUUUGUAUAUUGGCAAAUCCGAAGAUGAGCUGAUCAGUGUUUUAGACCAAAGCUUGCAGAAAAAUAAUGCUUUGGAUGUACAUAUUCUUACAGAUGGGCUUCGAGGGACUAGAGAGGCGCCGCAAAAGAGCACUGCUUCACUGCUAGCUCCUCUAGUAGCCAAGUACCCGGCACGCGUGCAUGUGUCGAUGUAUCAAACGCCAGCGUUGAAUGGCCUUGCCAAACUAAUGGUUCCUCAGCGAUUCAACGAAGGAUGGGGGCUUCAGCACAUGAAAUUGUAUGGAUUCGACGAUGAUAUCGUGCUGUCUGGAGCUAACUUGUCGAAAGACUACUUCACCAACCGCCAGGACAGGUACAUUGCCAUCUCAAACAAAGAGGUGACCGAGUACUUUUACCAAUUGCACAAAGCAGUGUCAUAUUUGAGCUACCAGCUGCAACACGAGGACCGGAGCAGGGGUCCGUCGGACAAUUUCAAGCUGGUUUGGACCUCAGACUGUCCUAGUCCAGCCGAUCCAAAAGGGUAUAGGAAGGAAGCGUCGAGAAUAUUGGCGCCAUUGCUGAAACCAGAUACCAAGGUGUCGCCUGCAGAUGACAAGGGUACUUAUUUGUAUCCGAUCGCCCAGUUCACGCCGUUGAUUGGCGAUACCGCCAGCAACGAACUCAAGGCCAUGGGAUUGCUAACAAAAAUGCUCAAGGGUAACUUUGAUUGGACGCUCACGGCUGGGUAUUUCAAUAUCUCGGAAAGGCUUCAGGAGGGGCUUUUAAAAUCUACUCCUGGGACUGCGAAAGUAAUUACAGCAGGCGAGAAAGCCAACGGGUUCUACCAAUCUAAAGGCGUGUCUUCGCAAAUCCCAGACCUGUACUCCAUGCUGGCAAAGCGGUUUAUCAAAAAGGCAGAACACAUCCAGCCACGGAUCCAGAUGCUAGAGUGGGAAAAUGGUCAGUACAACAAGCCUAAUGGGUGGUCGUACCAUGCCAAAGGGCUAUGGGUUAUGCCUCGAGGCGAAUCGCCCGUACUGACGGUGAUUGGCUCGUCGAACUUCACAAAACGAGCCUAUGCACACGAUCUCGAAGCUGGAGCAGUGCUUGUCACUGGAUCACCCGAACUGAGGGCCAAAAUGGCAGCAGAGGUUGCCAACCUCGAAAAGCAUACCACCCCCAAAACGUCACGUGACUACAACAAGCGGCCGACCCUUAUCCAAAGACUAUUUGUAAGGCUGAUGGGAAACAAGCUGUGA